UCCUAGAUCAUUUCAACUUUAAAACUUAUCAGCUUUCAAUCCUAAUUUACUUAAUAUGGUAUUGCUUGCUUGGUUAACUUUUAUUUUCAUUUUUAUCAGUGAAGAGAACAAAACAGUUAACACCAUUAUAUGGAGUGAUGUCAUUAUAUAAUAGUUCGGUUGUUAUCUUAUACACAUGUUAUCUUAUACACAUGUACAUUACAUGCUACUAAAGCUUUAUUUAUAACUAAUAUUCUUCAUUCAUAUUGUAAUACAUACAUGUACUGUACAUGAUUUUUAUUUCUUCUGUGUGUUGUUGGUUUUUUAUUACAUGCAGAUGUGUGCAUGGUAUUUCACUCAGACUGGAAAAUUUAAAGAUACAUGAACAAAACAAAAAACUACAUGUACAUGGGAAAUAACAUGAUUCUGCACACGGCGGUUAAAUACUUCCACUCGGGUCAAGACUGGUCACACAAUGGCUUCCCAGACAAGGAGCACCUGCCGCAUUUCAUCACGUCAAACCUAGAACACGACGCCGUCAAACUCGUGCUGGAACACUUUGCAGAGGAAGGAAUCGCCAGUGUGACGUUUGUACCAGCUUCUCCGAAGACAGGUCAUGUGAUGGUGGAUGACGUCAUUGCCGCCAUACGACCAUCGACAUGCAUGAUCUCUAUAAUGCUUGCCAACAAUGAGACAGGAAUAAUACAGCCAGUAAAAGAGAUGUUUGAGAGAGUGAAACAGAUCAACACUUCAAGGAAAACCAUUCCCAAGAUACUUCUCCACACGGAUGCCGCUCAGGCCAUUGGCAAGAUUCUGGUCAGUGUUCAGGAUUUGGGGGCAGACUACCUCACAAUCGUUGGACACAAGUUUUACGGACCCAGAAUUGGAGCUAUAUAUGUAAAAGACCUGGGGUCCAGCAAGGAGGUGCCUCUCUACCCCAUGUUUUAUGGGGGAGGCCAGGAGAGGAACUAUAGACCUGGAACUGAGAACACAGCAAUGAUCGCAGGAUUAGGGCAGGCAUCAAAACUAGUGACUGAAAAUAUAGAUAAAUACAACAGGCACAUGGAAAAAGUCAGAGACUACCUGGAAGAAAGGUUAAAGGCAGAGUUUGGUGAGGAAAUCUGCUUUAAUGGAAGAAUAGGAAAAAGCUGUCGCAUUCCAAACACAUGUAACAUGUCACUUCUGUCAGUGGACUGUAGCGGAUCUGAGGUCCUAUCACAUUGUACACAUGUACAAGCCAGUGUGGGAGCAGCUUGUCAUGCUCAAAAUAGGCCCUCUCCGAUAUUGUUGGCGUUGGACAUAGAGGAAGAUGUGGCGAGGCGGGCAAUCCGACUCUCUGUAGGAAGGGAAACAACCCAGGAAGACAUUGACUGCGCUGUAAAUGAUCUCAAACAAGCAGUAGAAAAAAUACAGAGCAAGAACACGUGUACAAGUGCUCAGCGUGUUGAAUAGGUCAACUCUAAGAGCCCAAUGUCUUCUGGAAGAUUUUAAAAUAUCCAAGAAUGAAGGAUAAGAAGAAAGAGGACUCCAAAUGUUAUGGUGUUAAAUUACGUGAAGUACUAAGUCCCUAUACCAGUAUGUAAAAUGUUUCAAGAUAUCCAAAAAUGUUUCAAGAUAUCCAAAUUAUUCAUUGAAGGAAGUCUGAGAAUAUUGAAAAGAUUUUAUAUCUGAGGCUAUAUGCAUAAUAAUGCAAAUACUUGUGUUCACAGGAUAUCAGAAUUUGAUGCAAAGAUUUUAAAUCUUUGCACUUUAGUUUUACUGUAAUAUGAAAAUACUAGGUUGUUGUUGCAGUGAUCGUCUGGAUUGAUGGUACAUUGAUCCAAUAUACAUGUACCCAAUUGCAGGAAAUGUUCAUCAAUGUUAGUGUGAAUUUAUGUUUCUUCAAUAAAGCCUCAAAUUCUU